AUGAAGUGCAUCCACUGCAAUGAGCCGGUAGAAAACACCGUGAAAACAUCAGAGGGCAGCACAGGCGUAAGACACGCACUGUGCCCCGUGUGCAAAAAGGUGGCUGAUGUGUAUGCCAUCUGCCAGAAAGAGCUUCUGAAGGAUCUUCUGCUUUUCAAGCCAGAAGCAUUCACGCACCUUGUGUUCAAUGCGACCUACACAAACACUCUGAAUGUGCUCCUCCUAAGGCUCUUUCUGAUCCUUGUAAAUACGCUGGACAGAGUGAGCACGAGCGCAUUCUGCAUAAAAGAUAUGUCUCGAUCGAUGGCCUCGCAGAUUGUGGAGUUUCUUCUGCUGUUUACGCUCCUCCAGAGGUUUCUGCGCUUCCAAAAAACACUGUACAUCACCACUGCGCUGUCCACCUUCUCAGUCCUAAAAAUUUUUAUCUCUUUCUCCACCUCCUCCAUCAGCCAUGUGUACUACCAAAUGUGCAACAUUAUUGUUCUCCUCAUGACCUCAAAAGCGAUCUCCACUCUUCUCCUGUGCAGCAACACAACAUCCCUCAGCAUGGUGAUUGUGCUGCGGAUGGUUUCCACGGGGUUUUUCUACUCCAAAUUUCAAAUUUAG